GGCGGCGGCGCGGGCUAAGUGCGGCCGCGCGGGAGUCCGCGGCUGGCGCGGCCGGAGCGGGGACCCGGCGGCUCGCAGGCAGCGGCCGAGGCGGGGCGGGCCGGCCCGGGGCGGAGGGCCGGGGGGCCGAGGCCGCAGGGCCGAGGCGGGCGGCGGCCGAGGCGGCUCCGGCCAGGGCCGGGCCGGGGGCCGGGGGGCGGCGGCGGGCAGGCGGCCGCGGCGGCCGGGGCCGGGACGAUGACUCUGGAGUCCAUGAUGGCGUGUUGCCUGAGCGAUGAGGUGAAGGAGUCCAAGCGGAUCAACGCCGAGAUCGAGAAGCAGCUGCGGCGGGACAAGCGCGACGCCCGGCGCGAGCUCAAGCUGCUGCUCCUCGGCACGGGCGAGAGCGGGAAGAGCACCUUCAUCAAACAGAUGCGCAUCAUCCACGGUGCCGGCUACUCUGAGGAGGACAAGCGCGGCUUCACCAAGCUCGUCUACCAGAACAUCUUCACUGCCAUGCAGGCCAUGAUCCGUGCCAUGGAGACGCUCAAGAUCCUCUACAAGUACGAGCAGAACAAGGCCAAUGCGCUCCUGAUCCGGGAGGUGGACGUGGAAAAGGUGACCACGUUUGAGCAUCAGUACGUCAGCGCCAUCAAGACCCUGUGGGACGACCCCGGCAUCCAGGAGUGCUACGACCGCAGGCGCGAGUACCAGCUCUCCGACUCCGCCAAGUACUACCUGACCGACGUGGACCGGAUUGCCACCUCGGGCUACCUGCCCACCCAGCAGGACGUGCUGCGGGUCCGCGUGCCCACCACCGGCAUCAUCGAGUACCCUUUCGACCUGGAGAACAUCAUCUUCAGGAUGGUGGACGUGGGGGGACAGCGGUCAGAGCGGAGGAAGUGGAUCCACUGCUUCGAGAACGUCACGUCCAUCAUGUUUCUCGUCGCCCUCAGUGAAUACGACCAAGUCCUGGUGGAGUCGGACAACGAGAACCGGAUGGAGGAGAGCAAAGCCCUGUUCCGGACCAUCAUCACCUACCCCUGGUUCCAGAACUCCUCUGUCAUCCUCUUCCUCAACAAGAAGGACCUGCUGGAGGACAAGAUCCUCUACUCACACCUGGUGGACUACUUCCCCGAGUUUGACGGGCCCCAGCGGGACGCCCAGGCGGCGCGGGAGUUCAUCCUGAAGAUGUUCGUGGACCUGAACCCCGACAGCGACAAGAUCAUCUACUCGCACUUCACGUGCGCCACCGAUACGGAGAACAUCCGCUUCGUGUUCGCGGCCGUGAAGGACACCAUCCUACAGCUUAACCUCAAGGAGUACAACCUGGUCUGACAGCGCCGGCGGGGCCUCUGCCCGCGGGAGGAGGUUUUUUUUUUUCGUACUUUUAACAAAUGGUUUUUAUUUCACAGUUAUCAGGGGAUGCACAUCUUUCCGUACACUUCGUGCAUCUUCUCACCUUUUGUCAGCGGCAAAGGCGGCCUUUUUCUGGCCUUGACUUAUGGCUCGCUUUUUUCUAAAAAAAAAAAAAAA